ACUUCUGUCCCACAGCUCAGGAAAUGAGGUGAUCAUGAGGGCAAGAAAGGAAGGGGGUGGAUGCGGGGUGAUUGGGCAACUGGACUGCGCAAACACAAGAGGUCAAAGAUUGCACUCAACCGGCCCCCUCCGUGCAUAAAGGCGAGCAGACCACAGGGAGGCGGUGCAGAAGCGGGUCGGUCUGUACUCCCCGCUCCUCGCCACACACACCCCAGAGGAGAAGAUGAGGUUCACCGUGGGUGCCCUGCUGGCCUGCGCUGCCCUGGGACUGUGUCUGGCUGUCCCUGAUAAAACGGUCAAAUGGUGCGCAGUGUCAGAGCACGAGAACACCAAGUGCAUCAGUUUCCGUGACCACAUGAAAACUGUCCUUCCACCCGAUGGCCCCCGACUGGCCUGUGUGAAGAAAACCUCCUAUCCAGACUGCAUCAAGGCCAUUUCUGCAAGUGAAGCCGAUGCCAUGACUUUGGACGGGGGCUGGGUGUACGACGCAGGCCUGACUCCCAACAACCUGAGGCCCAUCGCAGCAGAGGUUUAUGGAUCAGUUGAACAUCCGCAGACCUACUACCUGGCUGUGGCCGUGGUGAAGAAGGGAACAGACUUCCAGCUGAACCAGCUCGAGGGCAAGAAGUCCUGCCACACGGGCCUGGGCAGGUCUGCAGGCUGGAUCAUCCCCAUUGGCUUGCUCUUCUGCAAGUUGUCAGAGCCUCGCAAUCCUCUUGAGAAAGCUGUGGCCAGAUUCUUCUCCGGCAGCUGUGUCCCCUGUGCAGAUCCAGUGGCCUUCCCCCAACUGUGUCAACUGUGUCCAGGCUGUGGCUGCUCCUCCACUCAACCAUUCUUUGGCUAUGCAGGCGCAUUCAAAUGUCUGAAAGAUGGAGGAGGGGACGUGGCCUUUGUCAAGCAUACAACCAUAUUUGAGGUCUUGCCAGAGAAGGCUGACAGGGACCAAUAUGAACUGCUCUGCCCUGACAAUACCCGCAAGCCAGUGGAUCAGUAUGAGGAUUGCUACCUGGCCCGGAUUCCUUCUCAUGCUGUUGUGGCUCGAAACAACAAUGGCAAGGAAGACCUGAUCUGGGAGAUUCUCAAAGUGGCACAGGAACACUUUGGCAAAGGCAAAUCAAAAGACUUCCAACUGUUCGGCUCUCCUCUUGGGAAGGACCUGCUGUUUAAAGAUUCUGCCUUUGGGCUGUUAAGAGUCCCCCCAAGGAUGGACUACAGGCUGUACCUCGGCCAUAACUAUGUCACUGCCAUUCGGAACCAGCGGGAAGGCGUGUGCACGGAGGGCUCCAUCGACAGCGCGCCUGUGAAGUGGUGUGCACUGGGUCACUUUGAGAGAAGCAAGUGUGAUGAGUGGAGCAUCAACAGCGAGGGACAAAUAGAGUGUGUGUCAGCAGAGACCACUGAGGACUGCAUUGACAAGAUUGUGAAUGGAGAAGCUGACGCCAUGAGUUUGGAUGGAGGACAUGCCUACAUCGCAGGCCAGUGUGGUCUAGUGCCUGUCCUGGCUGAGAACUACGACGAGAGCUCUGAUUGUUCCACCCUAUCACAACGAGGUAUCUUUCCUAAAGGGUAUUAUGCCGUGGCUGUGGUGAAGGCAUCAGACACUGGCAUCACCUGGAACAACCUGAAAGGCAAGAAGUCCUGCCACACUGGGGUAGACAGAACUGCCGGCUGGAACAUCCCUAUGGGCCGGCUGUUCAGCAGGAUCAACCACUGCAAGUUCGAUGAAUUUUUCAGUCAAGGUUGUGCUCCUGGGUAUGCGAAGAAUUCCAGCCUCUGUGACCUGUGUAUUGGCCCAAACAAAUGUGCUCCAAACAACAAAGAGGACUAUUAUGGUUAUACAGGGGCUUUCCGGUGUCUUGUUGAGAAGGGAGAUGUAGCCUUUGUGAAACACCAGACUGUCCGGGAAAAUACUGAAGGAAAGAACACUGCUGCGUGGGCUAAGAACCUGAAGGAGAAAGACUUCGAGCUGCUGUGCCCUGAUGGCACCAGAAAGCCUGUGGCUGAGUAUGCCAGCUGCCACCUGGCCCAAGCUCCAAACCAUGUUGUGGUCUCACGCAAAGAGAAGGCGUCCCGGGUUAAGACUGUGGUGUCCCGACAGCUGACUUCAUUUGGAAACAAUGGAAGGGAGUGCCCUAGCAGGUUCUGUUUGUUCCAGUCUACCACCAAGGACCUGCUGUUCAAAGAUGACACCAGAUGUUUGGUUAGCCUUCCAGAGGGUACCACGUAUGAAAAAUACUUAGGAGAGGAGUAUAUGCAAGCUGUCAGUAACAUGAAGAAGUGUUCAACCUCACCCGAGAUACCUCCUAAGGAACUACCACUCCCGUGAUGCUCCGCGCCCCGCCCGGCCUGGAGUCUAGGGCCACGUCUCUUUGGCGGUCCGGGAAGACCACACACCUCUUUCAUGGCUUCCGCGACUACCCGGCGUGUUGGCGAUGGCGCCGGGGGCGCCUUCCAGCCUUACCUCGACUCCUUGCGACAGGAGCUGCAGCAGAGGGAUCCGACGAUGGUCUCCGUGGCGGUGGCGUUACUGGCGGUGCUGCUGACGCUGGUGUUCUGGAAGUUCAUCUGGAGCCGAAAGAGCAGUCAAAGAGCUGUUCUCUUCGUUGGUCUCUGUGACUCUGGGAAGACGUUGCUGUUUGCCAGGUUGCUAACUGGCCAGUACAGAGACACACAGACUUCUAUUACCGAUAGUUCUGCUGUAUACAAAGUCAACAAUAACAGGGGUAACAGCCUGACUUUGAUUGACCUCCCCGGGCAUGAGAGCUUGAGGCUUCAGUUCUUAGAUCGCUUUAAGUCUUCAGCCAGGGCUGUGGUGUUCGUGGUGGACAGUGCAGCGUUCCAGCGAGAGGUGAAAGAUGUGGCCGAGUUUCUGUACCAGGUCCUCAUUGACAGCAUGGCUCUGAAGAAUACACCAUCCUUCUUAGUAGCCUGCAAUAAGCAAGAUAUCGCAAUGGCAAAAUCAGCGAAGUUAAUUCAGCAGCAGCUUGAAAAGGAACUCAACACCUUACGAGUCACCCGGUCUGCUGCUCCCAGCACACUGGACAGUUCCAGUAUUGCUCCUGCUCAGUUGGGAAAGAAAGGCAAAGAAUUUGAAUUUUCCCAGUUGCCCCUCAAAGUGGAGUUCCUGGAGUGUAGUGCCAAGGGUGGACGAGGGGACGCUGGCUCUGCUGACAUCCAGGACUUGGAGAAGUGGCUGGCCAAGAUCGCGUGAGGAGCAUCAAACCUUGGCCAUGUGAGACUGACUCGCAGUUUGGGAAAGGCUGUGGCGGUGUGGACUUAUAAAGAGGGGGCAUGUUAUGGUUUGUAGCAUUUCUUGAGUUCUUGAAACAAUUAUACCAGCUUGAGAGUUUCCCUCCCCGUCAGCUCCUUUCUCAACUUUUUACUUAAUUCCCAUAUUCUUUUCCCCUUUGUUAGGUAUUAGGUGUAGUACUUUGUUUGUGUGAGACAUAACAGAGAGAGCAUCACCACGAGAGUAGAGAAUCAUCUGAGAAGCCCUUGUCUCCUGCAUCUCUGCUUUGGUUCCUUUUCCUGGGACCAGAUCUGCCUGUUUAUGGAAUAAGUUCAUUUCCAGUUGCCCCUAGUGUUCAGUUCUUAGUGAAGUCUGGGAUGUGAAGGUAUUUUCAGUGAGGACAGCUUCAAGCCAGAGGAUGCAGCUGACAGUGUGUUCUUCAUGGGCGGCGCAGUGACCUGCUUCCACACCACUCAUGGUUCAAAAGCUGCUGGAGCCCCGAAGAGUCACCCUCAUAAGGUGGCUCUAAGAGCCAAAUCCCCAGACACUCGUGGGUUAGUGUGUUCUAGAGACUCCACUGGGGAGAGCUGGGAGACAGCGCACUGCUGCCCAGGUGUGCGUGGACCCAGGCUGUCCCUUGUGCUACCUGAUCAAUUCCUGUUGUGUUACCCCAGCUAGAGUGCUGUGAACAAUACAGACUGAAGAUAUCCACUGUGCAUCUUAAAUACAUAUUCAUUCAUGUUUUAAAAAAAGUUGCCUUUUUAAAGUGAUGCUGUCCUCAACAUUUGUGUUCUUACUGCUUUUAUAAAUAACUGGAAUCAUUGAUAAGUAACUAUUGAAAACAUUAAGUCAAAUGAUGAGCACAAGUGGGAACCUGAGCUGGAAUUCAAGCCCAGCUCCAGGUUACUGAGAUGAUAAAGAUCACUGCAUAUCUACAGA